CAAUUAUAUUAACACACUCUUUCUCUUCUUCAAGUGAAACCAAUCCAAUUCCCAAUUUUCGAAUCUACCCUUUCUCUCUCUCUCUCUCUCCACCAUGGAGCCAUCCUCGAUCCCCCCACCGCAAGCUCCGCCAGCCACCGCCGUCCCGUUCCCGGCCGACACCAACGACCACCUCCCGGCGCCCAUUGCAGAGCCGCCGUCAAAUCACCCGCCCUACGCCGAGAUGAUAUACACCGCAAUCGAGGCGCUGAAGGAGAAAGACGGUUCGAGCAAGAAGGCGAUAGGGAAGUACAUGGAGCAAGUUUACAAGGACCAGCUUCCUCCGAAUCACUCCACCUUGUUGACUCAGCACUUGACUCGGAUGAAGACCAGUGGAAUGCUCGUCAUGGUGAAGAAGUCCUACGCGCUUCCUAGAUCUGCUGCUGCAGCUGCCACUGCUGCUGCGGAGGAACCUGUGCCUGUGCCCUCUCCUUCAACCCUUCCCAGGCCCAGAGGUCGGCCCCGAAAGGCCCAAACCCCUGUCCACAACCUUCCCCAGCCUCUGGCUCAGGACCAGGACGCUGUAAUCCCAUCGGUUCAGCAGAAUGCUGAACCAGUCUGGGCGGCGCUUGGGCUUGCUGACGAGCCUGUGCAAGCUGAGACCCCAAAGAAGCGUCCUGGCCGACCGAAGAAAUUGGCCACUGGAGCCCCUGGAACGGGGCGGAGAGGCCGUCCUGUUGGCUCUGGCAAAGGCCCGGGUCGACCUCCUAAGCCCAAAUCCAUUGCUUCAGACACUUCUCUUUCUGCCUCUGCAGGGUCGAAGAGACGCCCGGGCCGCCCGCCUAAGAAUCAGACCCAAGCAACUCAAAUUCCAUUUGCUCCAUCUACACCUACUGCUGGUGCGGAUGCCGGUGCCGGUGCCGAGGCUGGGGCUGUUUUGCCGGUCUCAGAGCCUGUGGAAGAACAGGCUCCUGCAGGUGAUGGAAUUAUACUCGGGCCUAGAGUCCGUGGUCGACCGAAGAAGUUUGCUGAUGAGAUGAUUUCCUCCGGCCGAGGCAGGGGAAGGGGUCGUGGACGAGGGCGUGGGCGUGGGCGUGGUGGUGGUUUGCAGUUCGCCAGACCUGGAGUUAGGUCCGUUGGCCGCCCGAGGAAGGGGUCAACUUUUGCUGGAUCUCCACCAAAUGCUGCUCAUGAAGAACUCAAAAGGAAGCUGGAACACUUUCAAUCGAAAGUGAAGGAAUCCCUGGCAGUGAUUAAGCCUCAUUUUAACCAUCAAAGUCCUGCCACUGCAAUUGCAGCUAUUCAAGAUUUGGAAGAGCUGGGAACUAUGGACCUCAAUGCACCACUAAGGGAUGAAACAAUUCCUCUGCAACAGGAGGAGCAGCCACCACAGGCGCCGCAGCCAGUACAGGCGGCUCCACCACAGCAGCAGCCACCUCUGCCACACCUGGCACCAGCACCACUGCAACCUCAGACACAGCUAUUUCAGCAGCCAUUUCCCUCAUUUCAGCUGCAGCAGCCGCCAUUCCAUCUUCAGCAGCCACCGCUGCCGUUCCAGCAGCCACCGCAGCAGCACCAGCUAUUCCAGGCACCCCCAUCGCACCAACAGUUUCAUCCAUAGGAGUAAAAAUGAGGGUAACAAUUUGAUUAUGAAAGUAGGAAGUAUAUUUUAUUGUCUUGAAUUUGGUUAUGAACAAUCUGAACAAGUGUUUUAACAAGACACAUGAGGGCAACAGAUUUGUAAAGCGAGUAGGCAGUAGCAGAACUGAAUUUUCUUCAGUGAACCGAUUCGUCAUUUAGUUUGUUGUUGUGCACUGGUCUAGAUUGACACCUCAAGUAAUGUUUAGAUUAUUAGUGUACUCAUCAUUUUGUAAUUCAACUAUUUUUUCUUU